GGGCGCCGGGUCCUCUCCCGCGGCCGCUCGCGCCUCCUCGCCGGGCGCGUUCUCUCCAGUCCAAAACACGGCACUGCGCCCAAAAUGCCGGGGGACGUAGGUUCUCUCUCACUGGGUUUGCGGUCAGAGUUCAGCUCUUUUCGGUAACCCGUCUUUGCUUCCUAGGAUACGAAUCCGUCGCCCCCCUUCCGUCCUGACGGAUUUCUUGGAGCAGACCCAAGUAGGGCCCUGGCCGCGUCCGGCCGGGAGAGGAGAUCCUGGAACUCAGUAGUUCGGAAUGCCACUAAUCACUUGGUCUCUCCGUUUAUCUUGUGCAGGUAAAUCCUCAUUACGAGGGCACAUUUGUUUUCGACAAUGAUUUCCCUGCGUUGCAGCCGGAUGCUCCAGAACCUGAGGCUGAGGACCAUCCCUUGUUUCGUGCAGCAUCAGCUCGAGGCGUGUGGUAAGGCUGUCUGGCGCCCUGUUCUUCCGAGCUAUGUCUCCCCAGCCAUGUGGUGGGAUGGGAAUUGCUUUCGGCCAUUAUUUCCUGAUUGCAACUUGUCUGUGGAGCUUGUAGUAACCUUGUAUUUUAUAGCUUGGGUCUGAUUUUCCAAAGAAGAGAAAACCAUUUCUACAGAGCCUGUAUCCCAGAUCUUUGGCAGCAAGCAUCCAUAGGAUGAAUUCAAAGUCAUGUGCUUCCAUCCCUGGUCUGACCUGACUCUGCCCCUGAUGUCGCUUGCUGAGAUCCGCAGGGUCAUCGACAAAUGGGCAGAGAUACUGGUUGAGUUGGGUGCCUCCUACUCCUGGGUGCAGAUCUUUGAGAAUAAGGGAGCCAUGAUGGGCUGUUCAAACACCCACCCUCAUUGUCAGAUCUGGGCUAGUGACUUCCUGCCCAACGAAGCCUCGCUGGAGGACCAGGCGCAGCGGAAAUACUACCAAGAGCACUCGGUCCCCAUGCUGCUGGAAUAUGCUCAGCUGGAGGCCGAGCGGAAGGAGCGGGUUGUGGUGGAGAAUGCCGACUGGGUGGUGGUGGUCCCCUACUGGGCAGUGUGGCCCUUCCAGACCCUCUUGCUUCCUCGUCGACACGUCUGCCGCCUUCAGGACCUUCAGGAGAGCGAGAGAGACAGCCUGGCAUCCAUCACGAAGAGGCUUCUCACCCGAUACGACAAUCUCUUCCAGGUUUCCUUCCCUUACUCUAUGGGUUGGCAUGGAGCUCCGACGGGGCCGUACCUGGAGGCUGACUGCAGGCACUGGCAGCUCCACGCCCAUUACUACCCCCCGCUGCUGCGUUCUGCCACCAUCCGUAAAUUCAUGGUUGGCUAUGAAUUGCUGGCUCAGGCCCAGAGGGACUUAACGCCAGAGCAGGCUGCGGAACGCCUGAGGAGCCUUCCUGAGCACCACUACAGGCUGAACCCGAAGGCAGCACCCUAGGGCAGGGCGUGGCUCUAGUCCCCCUAGGUUUGGGGCAGUCAGCCGAUCCCUGGCUGCUGCCUGGCCCCAUGGAGGCUGCGAUGCUGGUGAGCAUUUGAGCAGGCAGCCCUUCGCUUCUCACAAGGGCUCUGCAGAACCUCUGGCUCUGUUUCCUGUGUGCCCACAUGAGGCGAGGCCGAUCCUUUGAGAAAAGGGAAGUGGGGGACGUCCUCUCCCCAUCUCCAACUCUGUACUACUACUAACACAGACGUUAAGAGAAUCAUGUGGUUCCCCAUUGAUUUUGCUUGCUGGAAGCUGGCUGGGAGGGUCGCAAAUGGUGAUCACGUGACCCCUAGGAUGCUGCAACUGUCGUAAGCGUGAGCUGGUUGCCAAGCGCCCGGAUCGCAAUCGUGACUAUGGAGGUGCUGUGAUGGUUGUAAGUUUGAGGAUCAGUUGUAAGCCCCUUUGAUCAGCACCAUUGUAACUUCGAUUGGUCACUAAAUGAAUGGUUAAGUGAGGACUACCUGUACGUGGACUUCAAUAUCCAGAAUUCCCCAGCCAGCCAAGCUGGAUGGGGAAUUCUGGGAGUUAAAGUCCACAUAGCUAAGGUUGAGAAACACUGUUCUAUAGCCUCUCCCCCCAUUCCCACCUCAACAAGGACCACCUCAGUUCAUGACUGUGAGUCAGAUUAGGUCUUCAGCUGGGCUUCCUUUCAAGGGACUCUGUGUUCUGUCCUCCUCGAGUCUCUUGUCUUCCAGAGCCUAAAAGAGGACAGAGGAUAAGCAAGAUUCCUCAGGGAGAAACCUGCAGCAUUUUGGUACUUGAUGCUGUUCCUUAAAAAAUCAAGUCUCCUCCAUCUCCAGAUUUUCCCAGUUAAAGCCACCACCACCACCUCGCUUGCUUGUCCUUCUGUUCCAUUGGUUCGGCUCCAUGGAUACAGUGGUGGAGGACGUGGGGCUACUCCCCCAUUUGCAAAUGGGCUUUGCUAGUGCUCUGUGUGCAACCGUGCCUCCCUGUUGAGAUGGCGAAGCAAGGGAGCAGGCACCGCUGGCCAUUUCCUAUUUUCACCAACACGCUUUUGCGAAGCUGGUGUUUCCUCCCACCGGCAGGCUUGAUGCGAAAAUCAUCUUCUGCCCCGCUCAGAGUUCAGCCCAGCCAACAGCUCCGUGCUCACCCAGGAGCAGCUGAAGUAAAUAACAUAUUUCAUAUUUGAAAAGGGAAUCUCAGUAAGCAUUUUUUUUUCUGGAGUAAUAAAUGCUUUGAUUUGUU